GAAAGAAGAAUUAAAAAGAAAAAAUAUAGAAUGAGAUGGUAUAGAGAGAUCAAAGGUAGAGUGACUGACUGAAACGAAAUAACGCGUGCGCGUACUUUUAUAUCUUCUAAAGGUGUAUUUUUAUUUUUUUUUUUUACGUCUUCUUCGUAUGAUUAUCAACAUUUUUAUCGGUUGAGUGUUGCGCGCAUUCUUUUACCUUUCUCUAUCUCUAUCUCUAUCUCUACCUCUCUCUCUUUGUUCUUUUCUAACUAUCUCUUGUUGUCUUGAACGUUCUCCUUUUCCAACGGAAACAUCUCCUCGAAUUACUUGGUGUGUACCGUUCGAAAGAAAGAAAGAAAGAAAGAAAUUAUGAACACAACGGUGUCCCUGACGUAGCUUUCGUUUUGAAAAUUUGUGCAUAAAAAGAGAAAGAAGAAAUUCGACGACGAAAAACGAACGUUUGUUUUUUUUUGUUUUCCCUUUCUUUCUUUUCCCCCAUACGUUUUUUAAUUGCAAUAAUAUAACGCGUUUAUUUGGCGUCUCAUUAUUUUUCUCGGUUUUUUUUUCAUAUCUUUCUUUCGUAGUUUCCGAUUCGUUGGGGGGGGGGAGGUUAUUUUUUUUUUGUUAUUUAAAAAAUAACAACAACAACGUGUGUAUGUAUCAAUCUCAUCCAUAACAAACCCCCCUCCUUCAGAAAAAAAAAACAAAACGCGUCUACGAGGGAUUUAAAAAUGAACGAAAUAGGUAUGCAUUUAAUCGUUCUGAGUAGUAUUAUUGUGGUUGGUCUUAACCUGACCACUGCAUCCGACGUAUUGAUUCUUGGAUCUACGUCUAUGGGAUUUGCUGAGCAACGGGAAUCGUCUAAGGUUCACUGCCGAUAUAGUAAGGCCUUUUCGAUGCUACAGGUUCGAUGUUCCGAUCCAAAAUUGGAAGAGAUUCCUCGUGAUUUAAAUUCUAAUAUACAGAUUCUUGAUGCAUCCUCAAGCAGAAUUCGUGAUCUCCACAACGACAGUUUUUCCUCGUACACCAAGUUGGCCUAUAUUUAUCUCGGCGAUAACUUUAUACAAAACAUCGAGGAGUCUGCAUUUGCUCGACAAUAUUAUCUCGAAGUCCUUGACCUGACGAAGAAUGGUUGCGACAAUCUACCGAAGAAUCUCUUCCAAUUACCCUAUCUACGUAAAGUUUAUCUAUCCGUUAAUAAAUUCGGCGACUCGGUAUUUCAAACCGAACAAGUAACAUCGCCCCUUGAUUUUCUUCAAUUACAUCGUAACAAAUUGACAAAGUUACCAGAAAUGGGAUACAUGCCAACCCUUACGAGCUUAAACGUUUCCGAAAACAUGAUCGGCAAAAUAACUACGAAAGAUUUGGCACGUUUUUGCAAAAUUAAGAAACUUGAUGCCACAAAGAAUCCACUCAAUCUCGAAGAGGACAAUUGCGAAUGCGUCAUUAUGCGUAGCUGGUUGAAAUUACGUGAGAUUGUAUUCAAGCCAGAUUACAAUUGUACUCCCGCGGCGUUAAAACGUUGCGGAAACGUCACCUUCAGCAACGAGACUUUAACCAUCUACGAUGAAUGCAUGAACAUCCUCAGGAUACAGAUACAAACUAAAAAGGCACGUAAUAUGUGGAUCAUCGUGGCAUCGUGCGCUGCCUGUUUCAUAUUUAUCAUAUUUCUAAUAUUACUUUGCAUGCAUAGACGUAACAAAAGGAAGAAGGAAAAAUUAAAAAAGGAACAACAACGUAUAGCCGCUAAUAACGCUAAUACACAAUUAUUGAAUAGUAAUUUGAAACAGGAGAGAGAAAAAUAAAACUAAAUUCAUAGUUUCUUCUUCUUAUUCUUCUUUUUCUUUCCUUUAAAGGGGGAGGAUAAAGAAUAUUUUUUUUCUCUUCUCUUUAAUCGUUAAAUGUAAAAGCCGAGAAUUUUUUCUCGGUUACCAACCUACUGCACGAUCCUUUUUUCUUCUAUCUUCUAACUUCUUCUUUGCUUUAUUUUCCUUUCGAUCGAAAGAUUUCAUCGUUAUCGAGGAUAUUGAACUU